AUGUUGAAAAUUGUACACGAAGGACACUUAGGUAUAGAUCGGUGCAAGCGACGCGCAAGACAAGUAAUAUUUUGGCCAGGCAUGUCACGUGACAUAGAAAUGUAUGUCAAACGUUGUUCAGUGUGCAGGGAGAGCUCAAACGCACCUACUAAAGAACCAAUGAUUCCAUUAGAAAUUCCUGAUUUGCCCUGGCUUAAGGUUGGGUCUGAUUGA